AUGAGUAUUAAUGAUUAUAUGUUGAAUCCACCAAAAAAUAUUAUUGAAAAAUUUCAAGAAGUAACCAUUAUAAAUCCGACAUAUAAUGAAGCUUUAACUACUGUAAAAAAAAUGUCGAUUAGGUCUAAAUUUGAAGAAGAAUUUGAAAGAAUUGAAGAAAAUAAAGGAAUUGAAGGUAAUUGGUGUUCACGUACUGUUUAUUUAAUGGAUGCAACAAGUUUAAUGACUAAUUUAUUGCAUAAGUGUAAAAAUACAGUGAAUAUUAUGUUUGAGUGUGCUUUUAAAGUUUCGAAAGAUAAUAAUAUUAAUACAGAUUCAUUUCAAAUCCAAUUUGUUGAAUAUCAAAGUUCUCCGUGGGAAACAAAACCAGAUAAUUUACGAGCUUUUAUGAAUACUAUUGAAGUCGAAAGAGGUUGGAAUAAUUGA